UCGAUGCCGCCAUGGAUGUCAACGACAGUGCGGUGCUGCAAGAGAAGGACCGCGUGAUUGUGCUCCUGAAUGAGACCGCCAAGGCGUUUCAGUUCCAAGUGGCGUCGCUCCAGGGCCAACUCACUUUGGCCACGAACCAACUCGCCCAACGCGACAUGGUCGUUCAUGACCUCCAGCAGCAUGUGCAGGACCUCAAGAAUGCCAGCGCCGACCAAAACAGCACAAUCGCAGGGCUGCAGAGCCAACUGGCCCUCCAGAAAGCCACGCUGGACGAAGUGGAAGGGCAACUCAAGACUGCGGACGCCGACUUCGAAGCGUUGCGAGCUACGUUUGAGGCCAAAGACACAGACACUUCGGACAAGGCCAGAGAAUGCAUCAAGUUGAACGAGUUGAUUGUUCGCCUGCAGAACGAGGCGAGUCAGCUGAAUGUCGUGAUCCGCCGACAGGACAAACAACUGCAGGAGAAGGCGACGGCGACCGUCACGACCGACGCAUGUCUGUCGGCGCGGGAUUACUCUGAAAACCAGCUCAUAUCUCUGCGCGAUGACGCGAUUGAGGCGAAAGCCAAGGAAUUGAAGCUUGUGACCGAUGCCAACGAUGGCCUUCGGGCUCAGCUGGAUGCACUCGAGAUCGAAAUGGAGAGCUUGCAGGCGGUGCUGACCAGCAAGGACGUCGAGCUGCAUCGAAAUGCCAAGCGCAUAGACAGACUCGAUCGACAAGUGGCGACGUUGGAAGCUGCUGCCAAACAAGCACAAGGACGGGAGCUCGCGAUGGAGCUAAGUACCAAGCAGAACACGCAGCUAUUACAAUGCCUUCAGGCUGAAGAAAGCAAGAGCGAACAACUAAAGCAACAAGUUCAAGCGCUUACCACUGACUUGGCCCACGUCCGUAGCCAGGCCACGCAGAUUCGGUCGGAAGCUGCCGUGGUCGAGAUCGACGUCGAGCUGAAAACCAAGGCGCUGGAGCGGCAGUCCCAGAACUUGACCACUUCGCUCGAAAAACUCCAAGUGGAGCGCGAGGGGAUCCGGGAGGAGUUGUCUGUGACGCGGUUGAAAGCUCGGGUUGAAGUCGAGGGGAUGCAGGGCGAGCUGAUCCAGCGGCGCACCAAGCAGUAUGAACUGACCCUCAAACUACAUGAAACUGAAUCGCAAUUGCACACGCUUCGCACCACCACCGAAGGCUUGGACGAAGAAUUGCAAGCCACCAGGUCUCGAAUGCAAGAGCUGGAUCGGUUGUAUGCGGACGCGAAGCGGUGGAAGGCCGACAUGACGGCAACGUUGGACGCUAUGAGCCAAGAGAAUAGCCACCUCCAGCGGACGUUAGCUGUCGACACCAAGCGAUUUCAAGUGGAAUCCGCUGCCUUGCACGACCAGCUCAAGGAACUGGAGCGAUUUGUCCAGACUCAAGCCAUACAGCUGGGCAAAGCCGACGACGCCAAGACGAGUGCGGCGCAGGAUAUGCAAAAGAUGAAUCACCAAAUCGAAGGAAUGCAGGAGCGCAUACAUGGGUUGGUGGCGGAGGCUAACGCAGAAACCAAGCGACGGAUGGGGGUGGAAAUGGAGCUGACGAUUGCCCACGAACAACUGCAGCAACUCCAAGCGAAUUCACAAUCCAUGUUGGCCGGGUGCUACGUCGAGCACAAAAAGCUCCAAGAUGGUAAAAAUAAACUCAAGCAACUCCUCCAGCAACUCGAAGCCGAAUGCAAACGUGAACAACUCGGUACAUACAACACAGUGAUUUGUACGUUAUUAGCUCACGAUUCGUAGGCAAGUCCCAGCUCCUUCAGGCAUCUUAUAACAUUCUGGGCCAUCACAAGGGGCAUCUGGUCGACUGCUGGCUGUCCGAUGCCGAUUUGCCCAUCUUAGUUCGCUAUUUCCAAGCGAUAGACUCGCCUCUGGACGUGUUGGACCUACGUUCGAACCGCAUCACUGAUCAAGGAACUAAACACUUGCUACUGCUAUUGCAGCCAAGGCGAGCUCUUUUCAUGAGCAUCAACCUCCAGGAAAACUACAUCUCCCCUCAAGGCAUCCGACUCCUCGCGACCGGGAUGGAAGGGAUGGGGUACUCCAUUGUGAUCCAAGAUGGACGUGUCGAAGCCACAGAUACCAGUGGCCGGGUGCUUAUUGUCGACGUGUCGAAAAACAAAGACGCAGCCGUGCUGGUGUUCACUCCGUGCAGUGUCAAGCUGGCCAAAGUGAAAUCGCUCAAGCCAGCCAGCGUUUCGAAGCCAGACCCGCUACAAGAGAUUUACGGCGCCGACUUGGUCCAAUCCAUGGUUUUGAAAAAGGAUUACCUACCCCCCAAAAACCAAAGCCCCCUACUUCGAUCCCCACGGUGCCAGUCCCUGCCAAAAUUGUAGCCCUACUACUACGUAGUAGUAGUACU